AAUAAAAAAAAAAAAAAAAAGAAAAGAAAAAAAGAAAAGAUAGAUCUAUCGUAUCGUAUCGAGAGUUCUUUCUGAAUAUCCCUUUUUCAAGGCGUAAAAUAACCCGCUUAAGAAGCAUGCACCGCCAGAUGGGGUUCAAAGAAGAUAAAAAGAAGAGUUAAUCGGUGAGAUAUCAAGGCAAAGUAUGAACAAUGAAUUCAGGCAGAGCAAGACCAAGAACGCAGAGCGGAGAGCAGAUAGAUGAGUUGUUCCCUCAACACCCUUAAUCCUAUGCUUUUAUCCUCUAACUAUACAUGCAAGUUUUGUUCUCCAACCAGAAGCUUAAUCUUCGAUUUGUCCCUCGCAAAUCAGGCAGCAAAGCGCCCCAAGAGGAGGAGGAGCUAUCUAAAUCACGUGCCACCGCGUUUCGUGUUCUAUUCCAUUCAUUUAACUAUUAUUAAAAAACCCUCUCCCGCAGUUUUCAUCUCCAACAAUUUUGGACCUGGUCAGUUUUUCGUUUAGUUAUUCUGAGAUUUCUCCCUGUCAUUUCUUGAAAAGCUUGACAUAAUAAUUGCCCCUAUUCUUGAAUUUGUUCGCAAUCUCAGCGUUUAAGGAUAACGCCCCUUUUCGAUGGCGCGUUAAAUAACGACAGCGGACAGUUUGAAUCGUGUAUAUGUGCCAUCAGGAUUCUUGCCCAAGUUAAAGAAUUUUAAAAUUCCCCCUUUUUCUUUCUGAAUAUUUUUUUAGUAUCAUCUUUAUCCUUCUAAAAUCUGUUAACAGCAUAUUUUUAUUCGCGCCAUCGUCCGUCUCUGUUUCUUGUACCAUACCCCCCUUCUCUUUAUAUUCCCAUUGGCAUCCCGUCCCACGGGUGUGACAACCUCAGUUUCAGGCUCACCAGCCUCACCGAACACGCUGAACAACCCAGCGAAAAAAAAAGCCAUGUCUUCCUCAGAUACAAAUUCAUGGCUCUCAUCCCUCGUGUACUACCGCUACACAUCUCCCACGCCCGAACAGCUCCGCGAACGGCGCGAGCUCCUCAACCUACGCGGUGAAUACGCCCAGCUAUCUACCCUCGUUCUACUUCUACUAUUCAGUGUGUAUAGGUUCGGAGCAAACAGAGGCAGUGGCAGGAGUAGAGGCAAUGGCAAUGACACCGCUACGGAUAGGGGAGCGCCCUCGUGGUUAGAUUCCCCGCUCAUGCGCGGCGGGGGCGAGACGAGGGGACAGUAUCUCGUUGCGGCGGUAUGGAUGAUAUGGUUGCUGGCGCUUUCCGCUUGGAGGACGGGUGAUGACUACCUCCACCUAACCAAAUCCCUCGGCCACACCACCCUGGCCACAAUCCCAUUCAACCUCCUCCUCUCCCCCAAACUCUCCACAACAACCAACCCCUUCAACCUCAUCUGCUCCAACCUCCUCCUGCUGCCCCAGACCCAUCUGACCCCUUACCACCGCCUGUUCGGCCGCCUAGUCAUCCCCGCCCUCAUCUCCCUGCAUUCCCUACUCUAUCUCAUUUUCUUCGCGGAGAACGGGGUGCUGGAGACGCGGCUCAAUGAUUCCGAUGUGCAAUUUGGGAUCUGGGCGUUUUUCGCUUUGGUUGGACUAUGGGGGACGAGCGGAUGGGUGAGGCGGAAGGGAAGUUCGACGGCACGAUCGGGUUCGUCGGGACGGAUGUCGAAGAGGGGGGCGUAUGUUUUGCAUGUUGCGUUCGUUAUGCUUCUUUUGGGGGUUGUGUAUUUUCAUGUUGAGCAUGCGAGGAGAUUUGUGGUGCAGGCUCUGGUGAUUUAUGGGGUGGAUGUGGGGAGUUGGGUGGUCAGGAUGUUGGUCGUGAGAUGAAAUGGAUAUACUCCUUUUUGGAUAUGUUAUUGGGGAUAUGGUUAGAGAGAAUGCCGUGAGGUUGUGGGGCUGAGAUUUCAUUUUUCUGGGGGCUGGAUUUUCUGUGUUUGCUGGGACGGAGUAAGCGUUAGCAUGGAGGGGGGAAAAGAUCCCUUUGCCAUGACAAGAGAUAAACAGACAUGACCAGAAGGAGAUGGGAUGUGUAUUUAAGAUCCAAAGAUACAGCGGAUGGAUGGGUUUGCUAUGAUGGAUGGACAAAGAGGAUAGAUGGUGACGACAUAGACAUAGGGGGUGGGGAUGCACAAAGUCAGAAUAUGGUGCUAUAAGGGAGAGUAAGUAAGCCUGAAAGAUAAUGCUAUAGAGAGAAGAGAGCUUUGAAAUUGCAGAUGAUAUAUGAGCUAGUAUCAACCAGUAAUGGUAUAUCAGGGAUAAGCAAUCAGAUCAGUCCCCAAAAUUUGAAAUGGCAACCGCGGAA